CACUAGAACCUUUAACUCACGACCCGAAAUAAUGUACCAUCUCCUCAUCAUUGUCACUAUACUCUCCUUCUCUUCAAUUCUCAUCGCCUUCGCCGUCGAUGAAGCUUUCCCUUCGGUUCCAACUACCUUCAGCGUCGCAAAGAACCACUCCGACGAUCUAAAGCCAAUCCGCCGAGAAGUUUAUGGCGUAGAAAGGAAGGUAUUCGACAUCAGCCACCGGUACACGCCAGAGCUGCCAGCUUGGGAGUCUUCAGAAGGAUUAGGCAAGUUUAUGAGACUUGCCGUGAGCAUGAAGAAUGGAUCCGUCGCUAAUAUCUCAAAGAUGAAACUAUCUGUUCACUCUGGAACUCAUGUUGAUGCUCCAGGCCAUUUCCAUGAACAUUAUUAUGAUUCUGGUUUUGAUUCUGAUUCACUUGAUCUUCAAAUCCUUAACGGUCCUGCUUUAUUGGUUGAUGUUCCAAGAGAUAAGAACAUUUCAGCUGAGGUUAUGAAAUCACUUCAUAUUCCAAAGGGAAUCCGUCGUGUGCUCUUUAAAACUUUGAACACGGAUAGGCGGCUUAUGUUUAAGAAAGAAUUUGAUUCAAGCUUUGUUGGGUUCUUGGUCGAUGGGGCGAAAUGGUUGGUUGAGAAUACAGACAUCAAACUUGUUGGGCUUGAUUAUCUUUCAUUUGCUGCUUAUGAUGAAGCACCUGCGACGCAUAGGUUUAUACUUGAACGACGGGAUAUAAUCCCUGUCGAAGCGCUGAAGCUGGAUGAUGUGGAGGUAGGAAUGUACUCGCUUCAUUGCUUACCGUUGAGAUUGGUUGGAGCGGAAGGAGCACCAACGAGAUGCAUUCUCAUCAAGUGAUUCAGUUCAUCUUCCUCUCUAAGUAUUCAGUAUACCAAAUCUGAUAAUAAAUAUUAGGCUUCUUG